AUGGCAAGCCAUCCAGCUCUUCUCUCCUGGCCUUCACUGAGCACCUUCCGCCGUUCUCAUCGGGCAUAUUAUUACACAAUAUUGGCUAUUCUAUUGUUGUUCAUCCUGCGCAGCAUUUCAACUCACAGGCAAGAAGACCAUUGGUUAUAUCCCUCUUUUAAUUCAUCGCCUGAUGUAGAACAUUCAAGGUUACCCGUCAUCCGCCCGGGAGAUAUAACAGCUAGUAGCCCGCGCGAAGUGAGGCCCCAAGAUGAUACUGCGCCGGUUGCCCGUGAACCUAUUAGGCUUGGGACAUUGCGUGACGUCCGAGAAGAGAAUUUCUAUCGCGGUGGAACCUUGACAUUAACACAUGGAGAUGAUGAUGGCCCUUUCAUUUAUGAUCCGUAUCCAGACUACAACGGAGAUGAGUGGCGCAAGGUGUCUUUAGGGAGCUUCCAGGCGUGUGCGGGCCCUCGGGGAAGGCUUCUGAGUCGCUCGAGCGCGGAUGACAUGGUAUCUGUGUAUCCUGGUAUUCCAGAUAAAUUCCCUCCUCCAUUGCUUGGCUCGUAUGCGGCAACGGGCCUUGAUGCGUAUGUCUGUACUGAUCGCUUCUCUCGAUUGCGUACAUACGGCUACGAUAACUAUACCAAUUACCCUGUCUCCGCCUCUAAGGGUCCAAUACAAACCAAUUGGAAUGAGGUAAAUUGGGGGUCACUCCAAACACAAUGCUUAGAGAGAAAUGCCGGCCGAUACACCGAAAGCCAAACCCAACCACGUCCCAUCAAGCACAGCCUUCCAGCUAGCCCCAUCUCUCGCUCUCCUACAAUGAAUGUCCGCCGGGGAAGGUAUAAGACCCCACCGCCUGUCCCACAACAUAAACAAAGAUCUGCGGUCAUUCUACGCGCAUGGCAUGACAUGGAAUGGACCGACAACCUCAAGCAGAGUGUUCGGUCUCUGGUCAUGGAACUAUCAUUACACUCUGGUGCUGAAUAUGAAGUAUUCAUCUUAUGCCAUGUGAAAGACGCGAGCAUCCCAAUUAAUACAGAUGAUACGGAGGCAAUGCGAAAUCUCAAGUCUCGCUUCGUUCCACGCGAGUUCCAAGAAAUUACUGUCCUUUUUAAUGACAAGAUGUUGGAGUCAUGGUACCCCGACGUCAAUGAGCAUAGCACGGUACUCCAAUACUGGCAACCAGUUCAAAUUUUCUCUCAAUUAUUCCAAGACUUUGAUUAUUACUGGCAAUUAGAAAUGGAUUCUAAAUUCACCGGUCAUGCCUACCACUUCCUUGAGAAAUCCGCAGAAUUCGCAAAAAGACAGGCACGAAGAUACCUUUGGGAGCGGAAUGCAUACUUCUAUAUCCCAGGGACACAUGGGACCUGGCGAGACUUUACAAGGAUGGUCGGCUCCACUCUGAAGGGGCGCGAAAGUGUCUGGGGACCUAAGGGCAUCCCUCCACAACUGACACCGGUAGGCCUGACCCUCUCUCUCUCUCAAAUGAUGCCCGUAGGACUAACGCUCGCUCAGAUGACGCCGGUAGGCCCGAAGCCUCCCGUUAAAUCCCCAGAAGAGGACAAAUAUGAAUGGGGUGUCGGCGAAGAAGCAGAUCUUAUCACCUUUUUACCAAUGUUCGACCCUACCGACACGCAGUGGACAUUCGUUAGUACACUAUGGGGGCUUUCAGGAGAUGUUCCACGUCGCGCAUCGCCUGUUGCUAUAGGACGGGUAUCGAAAAAGUUGGUGCAGCAAAUGCACGAGAUAAACCAACGGGGCAUCGGCUUAGCUUCUGAGAUGACAGCUCCUUCGCUAGCACUCUGGCAUGGGCUUAAAGCCGUGCAUGUGCCCCAUCCUAUUUAUGUUGACGGGAAAUGGUCAUCAAAGGAGCUUGGUCGAAUUUUAAACCCUGGUCAACCCGAGAAAAUCAACGGUGGCGAUGAUAGUGCAUGGAACUGGAAUCACCAAUGGGAUCAUAUCUUGUAUCGGUUCUCUUACAUGUUCACAACACAGACUGCGGAAGACCUUUAUCGGAGAUGGUUGGGCUACAAGAUUGAUCCUAACCAAUUUGCUGAUGGAAGCUAUCACCUAGAUUCUCAAGGUUUGAACUGGUUCGAGAGCGGCGACUUGCGAGAAGAUUUGUAUGGCCCACUGUGUUUUCCAUCUAUGCUACUGCACACGGUCAAGAACACAGAGGAAAAAAAGGGAUCAGGAAUGGCAGUUCCAGUCUAA